GCCCCCAUCUGUUAUGGAAUAUGGAAUAUUUUUUGAUUUUUAGUUCCAGAUGGCACCAAAUACUUGAGUACAAGUCUUGCCCAGACUUGACAGAAAAUAUUGUAAUGGGGCAACUUGGCAAAGCUAAGUCAGCUCUGAAAUUCUUGGUCUAAACCACAUCUCAUAUUUCCUCUUCACAUCACAUGCUCUCGAUAAAAAGUUUCCGUAGUGUUUAGCUUCAGCCCUUACGUAGCCUACUUCAGCCCCUGGCAGCAAAGAUGUCUGAGGGAAAUCAAAGCGAAUGCGAUUGCAAAGUGAGAAUCGGUCAUUCGCUGAACGAGGCUGAAAUAAACCAUGUGACUAGCAGGAGAGAAUCAGCGGUGGAGUGUCUUAAAAGACACGGCAUACAGUGUAGCCCGGAGCAUCUGCCCAAAAUCGCUGUGUUGGGUUCAGGAGGAAGUGAAAGAGCGAUGGUGGGUUUGCUGGGAUCACUGGUCGCUCUGUUUCAAGAUGAUCUGUUGGACUGCGUGCUGUAUCUUGCUGGGCUCUCUGGAUCUACCUGGUGCAUGGCAUCUUUAUACAAAGUACCAAAUUGGUCCAGCGAGCUAAAUAUAGUGAAGGAUGACAUCAAACAGAGACUUCUAAAGGGUGAGGUCAGAUUGAAGGACAAAUUGUCGACACUCAAGAAAUACUACAGACAAAAAGACAAUUUCAGUCUGACAGAUAUCUGGGCAGUGCUGUUUAUUAGCAAGAUUGUGAAAGAGGUUUCCUACUGCUGAUAUGAUUCAUUUUGUGACAAGUUAACAACUAACAACUUUCUAAUGGAAGCCCUGGUAAUACCUCAGCAAAAUCGAAGAACAAACGACAAUUUUAAAGUUUUGUGUUUGUUUCCGGAGUUCGAAACAGUUUGCCAAAGUGAACUUUCUGGAAAUGUUGGCUCUGGCAUGUAAACACCUACCAUUGGUCUGUGGCGAUUGCGUAAUAGGUGCUCUGAGGCUCCGCCUUCUUUGAUAUGGAAAUCUUGUAAUGCAGCUUUGACUGUCGGGAAGAAGCCUGCUGCAGUUUUUGCUCGUUGUGGGUUCUGCAAAAGUAUGCAACAAAUCGGCUGCAAAGGACAAAUGAGACACCCUUGUGGACUCGCGCAUGCGGCGGCCAUUGUAAGUCCACAAGACUGCAAGCUCACACAAGGGGUGCUUCUUAAUCAGAAGGCUACGUCAUAGGAAGGCUUCAUAUCUCGACUGCCAUGUCAACAAGCUCCGUCAAAGGAUGUCUGAAAGAUGUCUGGAGGAAAGUUUGAAGGAUCCUUGGAAGGCAGCCUUCAUUUCACGUCCUUCAUUCAGCUCAUUUUGAAGGAUGCAUCAAGUGUAUCCGUCACCUCCUUCAAUAACACACAAUUAAGAGUUCAUUAUGGCAUGGAUUUUGGAGAUGAAGGCCUGAUGCUUUCUAUUGUUUUGUUGUGAAUUAAUCACAUGAUGCUGAACUAUGCGCAGUGUCAACCACUGGGAGACCACAGACAGUUGUCAUUCCCUAUACUGCAUUAAUAGAAAGGCAUGAUAUGAAGGGAUACUUUAUCACCCCAAUCCAACCCCCCCUAUCAUCAUGGUUUAUAUUUCCCCAAGACUAAGAUAUAAAAACACCAGGACUUUGUCAACACCGCAAAAUAUCUAAUCCGUGUUCUGGCAUGGAUGUCAGGAAUAUUCUUGUAACAUCUGUGAACUUUGAUGAACUUUUGCUGCUCAGAUUUGUACGUACUGUUCGUAACGUCACAAUAUUAUUUGACCUUCCAGUCGUCAAUCUACCUCUUUAAAUAAGCACUGACAGUCCAACUUGGUAUGGCUUGCAAAAUGCAUAAAUAUUCAUUAAUUAAUCAUAAAUUGCAGCAAUUCAGGAAUAUUGACUUGCUAGCAAAUAGAUGCACACAUUUGUGGUAACCCCUAACCCAUUAACCAACCAAUGUCACUGCGUAAGAGACAUUCUGACACAAAGGGUCUAUUAAAAGGACGUAUUCUUGCAAGAAUAGGUUCAGUCUGACACACAGAAGUUACGCUGUGCAUGAGAGUGACACAGCCCCAGGAACACAUGCGACAGCUUUUAUACUCUUUUCAAGGUUGAAGGUUCUUCCUUAUAAGUUGGCUCCAGAUAAGGUCCAUUCGGCUGUUCAGCUUCAAGGACAGAGCUGACACUGAAACAAACUGGCCAACUCUGACCGUCCUUAAGGUCAGAGAUCCUGUCCCAUAAAUCCCCAAAAAUCACUCACAAGCACAUAUUUACUCAUUGAAUAGGUUCAAUAGAAGAUUACAAUUUCCACAACACUCCCAAGCAAGAGGAAGGCACAUUUACCCUCCGAUGCAACUGCAGCCAUACUUCCCUUCAGCCAAGCCAUCACUGGAAAGCCUCAAUGCCGUGUCUACAUGGAAAUUGCCGUCCUAAAUUUCCUACCAGCCCCAUCUCAUCUUCACAUUGCGGAUAUUUUUAUCAAGCAGGAAAUGCAGUAAAAGCGUAGUUCAGUGAGUGCUGCCAGAAAGGUGUGUUUUAUGGAUGGGAGCACCAAACAGGCAGUGAGUACAGACUGAGAACAGGUAUACUGUAGGCUGUUUUCCAUAUUUUCAUUGUUUUUGCAGUGGGAAACUGCUAUGUUCCUUUUCUGUUUUGAGGAGAACUCCAGCAUGACCUUGGUCCAUUAGUGCUGUAAGAAGCAGGGAGAAGAAUGAUGGAACUGCUUUGAAAGUCCUUCCAACCCUCUUCUACAAUAUCACCUGAUAGGAUUUUCAACUGGGACCCCAACACCUGUUAAAGGUCAAGAUGCAAAAUAAUUAUUUCUUAUAAAUUCUUAUACAUCAUAACUGCCUUCUUUUUUCUUGAAGGAACGCUCUGAUUUUUUGGACUUUAGCUUAUUCAGCAUA